UCCAGUAGAAUUUCAAGUAGCGUUCAACUAUUGCUGUAUUGUUAAAGCUAAUAAUUAUGCAGGUUAUUCGAUUAUUUAAGUUGUGUAAAAAAGUGUAUAUUGGAAUAACAAAAAAAAUAUAAAUAAGUAUCGAUACUUUUAGUCAUUUUUUACGAACUGAUGCAAUUCCAGUUUUAUAGUGCAAUCAGCAUUCAUAAAAAAUAUCGUAUAGUGUCAAACCUAACGAAGAAACGCUGACUGAUGACAAAUCAAUUAGAUAGAAAUGUUUAUAUUCUUUUAUUAAUAUAGGAAAUGAGACCUAGUAACGAUGUAUGAAAUAUGGAAGUUACAUUUAGAUCUGUUAGAUAGUGAAAUCGCAAGGAUUCACUAUAGAUAAUACUUUUUUUGGAAGUUCAAGGAAUAUGGCUCAAAAAGAUCAUGAAGCAAAAGAGGAUUCAAUGGAUUUGGAUGAUAUCCUUCCACAAGUUGGUGAAUUUGGAACGUAUCAAAAACUCAUGCUGUGGCUGAUAUGUCUUCCAGCUUGCUUCCCCUGUGGAUUUGGCGCAUUUAAUCAGUUAUUCAUGACAGAUACACCGGAGCAUUGGUGUUAUGUUCCCGAGUUACAGAAUCUUACAGCUGAAGACAGGAAAGAUUUGUCCAUACCUCGUACCAAUGGGACAUUUUCAAAAUGUUCUAAAUAUGCCGUUAAUUUUACAACAGUGUUAGAAGAAAUUUGGGAAUACCCUAGCAAUUCGAUUAAUAGAAGUUUAUGGAAGACUGAGGAAUGUAGAAAUGGUUGGGAGUACAAUACGAGUGUGGUACAGUCUAGUAUAGUCAUAGAUUUUGAUUUAGUUUGCGAUAAAGCUAUCUAUCCCACACUUGGACUUGUUUCCCUUAACCUGGGAGGACCCUUUGGAGUAUAUUUCUUUGGUUGGUUGAAUGACAGGAUUGGAAGAAAGAAAACCUUUUUCUUUUGCCUCACCACUUUCAUAAUUGGAGGCGUUAUGACUGCCAUUUCACCGGAAUUCUGGUGGUGGGCAACGGGUAGAUUUGUUAUCGGAUUAACGAUACCAGCAAUCUACCAAAUCCCAUUUAUAAUAUCUCUAGAACUGGUUGGACCGAAUUACAGGUCCUUCGUCACAGUAUUAACAUGCCUGUUCUACACAGUUGGUCUUAUAAUGCUGGCCGGAAUUACUUACCUCGUCAGAGAUUGGGUAUAUUUGAACCUAAUAACUUCACUACCUUUUGUGCUCUAUUAUAUUUAUUGGUUUUACUUGCCCGAGAGUCCAAGAUGGUUGCUUGCCAAAGGAAAGUUCGAAGAAGCCUCCACAAUAUUAGAAUCUCUGGCCAGAACCAACAAAAAAGAGUUGCCCUCUAGUUUCAAACAGCAACUGAAACAGAAAAUGAUGAACAAAGGAAAUUUGGACUAUGACGAUGAUACGCCAAAAAACUUGGGAUUGUCCGAUUUAUGUGGAACUCCGAAUAUGAGAUUAAAAACGUUAUUGAUUACGUUAAAUUGGUUCGCAAAUAAUAUGGUUUACGUUGGUUUGAGCUAUUACGGACCAUCGUUAGGAAGUAACGAAUAUUUGAGUUUUUUACUAUCGUCUGUAGUAGAGUUGCCAAGUUAUGUUUCAGCUUGGUUGCUUAUCGAUAGAUGGGGCAGACGAUGGCCUUUAUGUAUAUGCAUGAUUUUGAGUGGACUCAGCUGUAUAGCGACAGUUUUAAUACCACCUGAUAAUGAAGUUGCCACACUGGUUCUAUUCUUAAUUUCAAAAUCAACCAUAUCAGCGUCAUUUUUCAUCAUAUAUCCAUUUGCUGGAGAACUAUAUCCAACUGCUAUACGUGGAUUGGGAAUCGGAACUUCAGCUUAUAUUGCCGGCUUAGGACUUAUAAUUAUACCCUUUGUGACUUAUUUGGGUUCAGAAGUAUUAGUUCUUCCCAUUAUAAUAAUGGGCAUAGUAUCGAUAUUUGGUGGUUUCUGUGGUCUGAGACUACCGGAAACUUUGCAUCACCGCUUACCACAAACUUUAGAGGAAGGGGAAGAAUUUGGUAAAAAUUUCACAGUAGAUGAUUGUUUAAGAUGUAUUCCUUUAAAUCCUUCUGAUACGACCGGUUCAUAUGAAGAUUUAGAAAUGGCAGCUAUCAAAGUAACAGAAGAGACACCAUUAGAUCCCACUCCGGAACAACAGAGGAAGAUUUCAAUUAAAAAAAUAGUGAGGCAGGAAAGUGUCAUGGACACUCAAAAAGCGGCGGAUGGUGCCAUGCUUAUGACUUAUUGGUUUUAA